UGCAACCUGUCAGUGUCCAUCAAUGCCAGCGGUCUGUGCUCAUCAAUGCCACCUGCCAGUGCCCAUCGGUGCCUCAUCACAGUGCACAUCAAUGCCACAUAUCAGUGGCCAUCUGAGCUGCCUUUCAGUGUCACCUGUCAGUGCCACCUAUCAAUGCCAGUUAGUGCCACCUAUCAGUGCUGCCUAUUAGUGCACAUCAGUGCUGCCUAUCAUUGCCCAUCAGUGCCGCCUAACAGUGCCAGUCAGUGCCACCUAAUAGUGCCAGUCAGUGCCGCCUAUCAG